UCGAUGUAUUUACUGUAAAAUUGUACCACUCCGGCGAAGCCCUCGUCGCAUGCAAAUACUUAUAAAGUUUUCCCGGUAGCGUUUGGCCGUAAUUCGAAGAAAAGACGGGGAGAGAAGAUGGAUUAUAUAUUGAGGACGCUGACGAAGAAGGAAGAAGUAGAUUCUAUAAUAAGGGACACAAUCGACAAAGUCCUCGUCCUCCGUCUCGGCCGAUCCUCUGAUCCUCUUUGCCUCCAGCUUGACGACAUCCUGUAUAAAUCUGUGAGAGAGGUGUCCAAGUUUGCCACUGUGGCUUUAGUGGAUAUUGAUUCAGAGGAUGUUCGAGUUUAUGUCAAGUACUUUGAUAUAACCUUAAUACCAUCUACCAUUUUCUUCUUCAAUGCUCAUCAUAUGAAGAUGGAUUCUGGGAGUGCAGAUCACACCAAGUGGGUUGGAGCAUUUCAGAGAAAACAAGACUUCAUUGAUGUUGUAGAGGAUUGUUUAAGUCUCCAUGGGUUCUAGAUGUGCCAAAGCCUUGGAAGGCGAUUGAUUAAAGAGUGAAAUAUGACAGUACCAUAACAACCAGCAAUAUUGAGUGACUAGUAUGGUGCAAAUACUUGCAUGAAGUUGAUCCAUUAACGCCAUGAGUGUAUUUUGAUGGAAUAUAAAAGCCAGAAAGACAAGUAAUUUGGCAGAACAAUAGUUAAUAUAUGUGAUUGUACUCUCGCGUUUGUGGCUUUAAGUUGAAGAGAUGUACUUUGGCUUUUGGAGAAUGGCUGAGAUAUCACAAGCUUCUGAUUUCUAGACUCAAAAUUCUGGUAUAUGUAUGGAAGGAGAUCCAAAAUUAGCUUAUUAAGCUAGUAGAUUUAUUUCUGCAUGUCCCUUGGACAUGAAGUUUGAACAGCGGGAAACUUUGAUUGUGGAAGGGAGAAGUUAGUCCAACUGCACGAGUGAAAGGUGAACGUCAAGAUUACGUGCAACCAGAUGUAACUUGUCAAAGUUCAUUGAGUCGUCGUAAAGGGGAAUGGGUUGUUUUGUGCAUCCAGCCCCCUACUUAAGAUUCAAUGCAUAACCAUACCACAAGACAGUAUUUCUGCCAUAAAUUUCUGAAACUAAGUUUUAACA